AGCGCCUUGCAAUGCCAUGUUUGUGUGUGUGCUCUGACUCCCGGAGAGCGACCAGGGAGACGGCUCCCCGGCCACGCUUGGCUGAUGUUUUCUUGUUUCUGUUUCAGCCUUCAGGAUAAUUCCUUCGGCAGCGCCGCUGUAACAGAGUGUGACGAAGAGACGCUUACUCUACAUGAAGACCAGACUGAUUGCUCCAGUCUCAGAGAUGAAAACAAUAAAGAAAAUUACCCAGACGCCGGGCCUCGCCUAGAGGAGCAGACCCCACCCCCGCGCGAGCCGCAGCAGCAUGUAGAGCCGACCCUGCUGCUGGACAGCGUGCUGCGACCCAGCAUGGGCAACUUCAAGUCUAGGAAGCCCAAGUCCAUCUUCAAAGCCGACAACGGGAGGAGCCACGUGGAGAAUCAGGAGACAGAGCACGUGGUGCCUGGCCAGUCAGAGUGUCAGGGGAGACCAGGAACACCAGCUCAUGAGAACUCUCAGAACAACACCUUCAGGUGCCAAGAAACAGUGCGACUCCAACCAAGGCUAGACCAGAGAACUGCCAUUUGGCCGAAGGAUGCUGUGGAAACUCGGCAAGACUUAAACGAGGAAGAAGCUGCUCAAGUGCAUGGAGUCAAGGACCCCGACCCAGCUUCGACCCAGAGCAUGCCUGCCGAUGAGGUGGAUUCUGCAGACCCUGCACCCGGUCACACAGCCUGGCACAAUGAAGCUGACGAUGGAUCGGAAGACGUCCAGUCCGUCGGGCCCAGCAGGCUGCUUUAUCACAUAACUGAUGGGGACAAUCCCCUGCUGUCACCUCGAUGCUCCAUCUUCAGCCAAAGCCAGAGGUUCAACUUGGACCCAGAGUCUGCCCCUUCCCCACCCAGCACUCAGCAGUUUAUGAUGCCCCGGAGUUCUUCACGUUGCCCCUGUGGGGAUGGCAAGGAGCCACAGACCAUUACCCAACUCACCAAGCACAUCCAGAGCCUCAAACGGAAAAUUCGGAAAUUUGAAGAAAAAUUUGAACAAGAAAAGAAGUACCGGCCUUCACAUGGUGACAAGACAUCUAAUCCUGAAGUCCUGAAAUGGAUGAAUGAUUUGGCUAAAGGUCGUAAACAGCUCAAAGAACUAAAGCUGAAGCUGUCAGAACAAGGGAGUGCUCCCAAAGUACCACUGAGGGACCUGCCCUGUGAGCAACCUGCGUUCCCCACAGAGAACGGGAAGCCAGAAGCUGCAGGUCCGGAGCCAAGUGCCUCGGGAGAGGAGACCCCAGAUGCCGUCAUAAAAUGCUUGAAGAAGAGAGAACAGCUUCUCUCCCAGGAGGACCCUAAGGUAACUAAGCAAGACAAGAACCUCAUCAAGCCUCUUUACGACCGAUACAGAAUUAUCAAGCAAAUCUUAUCAACACCUUCCCUUAUCCCAACAAUUCAGGAGGAAGAGGACUCUGAUGAAGACUAUCCACAGGGAAGCCAACAGUCGUCUUUGGCGGACCCAGCAUCUCACACCCCUGUUGGUGAACACCUCACCUACUCCAGUGAGAUUGAACCUGUGAGGGUCCUGCUACAAGAUGAAAAGAAAGAAGUCAAACAACCAGCCCUUUCCAUGUCCAAUUUACAUGAGGCCACCAUGCCUGUGCUUCUUGACCAUCUCCGAGAGACCAGGGCUGAUAAGAAGAGACUUCGGAAAGCCUUAAGAGAAUUUGAAGAACAGUUUUUCAAACAAACCGGAAGAAGUCCACAGAAGGAAGAUAGGGUACCCAUGGCAGAUGAGUACUAUGAAUACAAGCACAUUAAAGCCAAACUGAGACUACUUGAAGUCCUUAUCAGCAAGCAAGAUGUGGCCAAAACAAUAUGAGGUCAGGAAAUGUUCAUGAUGACUUUCACUCAAGAAAAAAAUUGUAAACGUCAUGUUUGCUUUCCCCUGCCAUUCUUGCUAAGUAGUCUGAAAUACUGAAAAUUGAAGCACUUUAGUGGUGGUAUUAGUUAUUCCUAAGAAAAGAUAGCAACUGUAAUUAUAGGGAUUUAAAUAGGGAGAAGAAUGCAAGUGACAGUUUAAUUGG